UCCAGUCUCAGCCUUCAAGUUUCUUUGGUUAGGUAAGAAAAUUAGACGAUGGCAUGCAAAGAUGCAGCACAUGAUGAGUCCUGUCAUAUCUAGACACCAUCCGCUUUCACCUUCUGUUUACUGAAACUGCCGUCCUUCUUUAACCAGAGAUAUGGAAGAAAGUGUGAUCAUGGCGUUUAUCCGCAAGUACCUAUGGUUAUGGGUGGUCGUUGGCAUGGUUUUCGUGUCUGUGGUGAUCAGCAUCAUCUUCCUUUUCCUCUGCAAGUGCAUAUCAAGAAAAGGCAAACACAAAAUCAACCAUUUAAAAAAGGAAUUCAACUUCAAAACUGAAAGCAACAAAUACCAGGAGAGAAGCAUUGAAACGGGCACUCCUCCUCUACCUCCGCGGACACAGUUUCUCAUGGCAGAAGCCCAAAGCUACGAGAACCUGGCUGAGGAGAGCCAGAGCAUCCACGACUACGAGGAUGGCAACUGUGAGCAGGAUCUAAGCAACCACGAAGAAAGCAUCCAUGACUACGAGGAUGGCAACUGUGAGCAGGAUCUAAGCAACCACGAGGAAAGCAUCCAUGACUACGAGGAUGGCAACUGUGAGCAGGAUCUAAGCAACCACGAGGAAAGCAUCCACGACUACGAGGAGAGCACAGAACUCCAGGCUGACUACGUCAAGAUGGAGGGAGACAUAAAGUUUCCUCUUCCUCCAGUCUUCAACAGCAUGAACGGUAGUGUUUUGGAGGCCCAAAGCUAUGAGAACCUGGCUGAAGAGAACGACUAUGUGGAGAGCAUGGACAAUCAGCCGGACUAUGUAAAGGUGGACGGGGAAGAUCAAGCAGGAGACAACACCUCCACGGAAGACUAUGAUGACAUCGGGGGUGAAGAACAGGAUGAGGAGGACUACGAUGAUGUGGGAUAAACACAACACAACGAGAUGGAGACACUUUUGAAUUCUGCUGAGCAGAGAUUACCUUUACUGCAGAUUUCUCUUGUCAUUUUGUAUUUUUUUUAAUAACAUUCAUAAAAAAAAGAAAACAAUUGAAGACACUGAAAUCUGCCGAGUGGUGUCGAGACAACUGGUUUGAUCUUUAAGAGGUUUGAUUCUUUUUAAUAUAUCAAAAAAUUUCUGUUUUUCAUCUGAAUGUUGUAAUAAUUCUUUUUACUGAAUACAUUAACAAGCAGUGACUUGCACAGGGUCCCAGAUUAGGAUGAUAUCUGGGUUUGCAAACUACACAUGAAAGCAAUCAAACAAUAUUUCUUUGUCUUCUUCUGAUUUAAAUGUCAGAAGAAACCAAGAUCUUUAGUUUUAAACAUGAAGGUUUUGCAUAUAUCAUGUAUAGAUCAUUCCCAUGCUUUUUGAGAAAGAACAGAAUAUGUUUAACUGUUGCUGGAGGCUUUCGUUAUCCUCAGUUUGGAGAGAUUUGGUACUUUUUUUAAUGAGCUGAACCAACUACAUCAACAGUGAAAGUAAGGCUUUUGUUGUAUGAAUAUAAAAUAAUUGUAGAAACACAAAAAAAUAUUGGAGCUUCAAAUUUGAUCCUGUUUGAAAUCUGAAAGUCUGUAAUUGUAAGAGCCCGAUAUGUUCUUCUUUCUUUAUGUGUUUGUUGAUUUAUUUAUACACAUGAACACUGAUAGAAGAAUAAUAUGUAAUUUUUUUGUUUUUUUUGCUUCUUUUCCAAACUGAAUAUCAGUGUAAAGGGAGUCUCCCCCUGUCCAGAUCCCAAACAUUAUCAGUGAGGAGUCUGACUAUAGAUCAUAUGAUGAGUUUGUUUACUUCUGUAUAUGAGUUGGUCCGUUUGACUGGUUAAUAAAUGGGGGAAUCAGCAGGCAGUGAUGACAUGUUUGCAUGAUCAGAUCCUGAGCAGUGAGUGAGUGGGGCACAGGGGCAGUGAUUACAAUGGUUGGUUAUGUGGAUGCACAGUAUCUAUACGGUCCUGCGAAUAACUAAGGAUUGGUUUGUGAUUCAGUAGCUUAUCCACAUUCAGCAGCAAUAACUCAGAGUAAUUGUUUUUUGUAUGACUUUGUCAUGGUUGUAAAAAAAACUUUGCUUCACGUCUUUCGUUUACGUACAGCUCUCUUGAGGAUGCGCCACAGCGUUUUAGUCAGGCUGAGGUCUGCACUUUAAUUCUUUUCUUUUAUUCACCAUGAUGUUGUAGAUUUGCUGCUGUGCUUGGGAUCAUUGUUCUGCUGAGUCAGCGAAUUUGGGUCACACUUUAACUGCUGGACAGAUGGCCUCACAUUUGACUCUAGAAUACUUUGGGAAAUACUUUGGUAUACAGAGGAGUUCAUGGGAGACUAAAAGGUGUCCUGUGACUGUGAAACAAGCCCAAAUCAUCACCCCUCCACCACCGUGCAUCACAGUUACUAUAGUGUGUUGGUUUUUGCCAGAUGUACUUUGCACAAUGUCCUUACAUUUGCAAGGACAUCGUUCUUGCAACUUUGCAACCCUAAUCCAAGCCACCAUGUUCAUUUUAGACAGAAGAGACUUUCUUCUGGCAACUUUCUGAACAAACCAUACUUGUUCAGUCUUUUUCUAACUGUACUGUCAUGAACUUCAACAUUUAACAUACUAUCUGUCGCCCGAGAUCUGGCACUGGGAAUUUUGCGGUUUCAUUGAGCAUUGCACCGUGUGACCCUGGUUGAAUUUCCAGGGACAUUUACAUCUGGGAAUAUCAUGGCAUAAUGUUAACACAUAUCUGAAUGCUCCAGACCAACAAACUGCCAAAUCGUCUGCUUUUGUAGAGGUGGUCACACUCUUGGCUGUCUAUUAACUGAAGAAUGGUUCAGCAUGGGUAAGAUACUGAACCUGGAGUUUCCCCUGAUACAUCCAUUGGGAUGUGAGUGUGUGCGUGAAUGUUAGAGGAGGUGCUCGGGUAUAGAAAAAGCUUGAUUUGAUUCAUAUGGAAGCAGUAAAGAUGUACUCAGUAUCUCACAGGACUGCUUAGAGUCCCACAUAUUUAAGUUGUAUGUCAGCAGGAACCAGGAUUAUAACCUUAUGUGUAUUUAUAUUUUGGGUGACUCAUCACAGGUUAGGAAGUUACCACCUUCUUUACCUGUGCAGGUGGCAAGAGGAUGCAGGUGAGGCUGGAGAGACAUAAGAAACAAUGAGAGGAGGUGGUAGAUUGCUCCGAGGUUGCCUUUUGUCUUUAUUUCGUUGUCAUUUGUUAUUAAGAUUUUUGUUAAUAAAUGUCACUUUUUUGCACACA